AUGGCCGACAACCCCGAACCGAGCAGUGACUCCCAAAUCACCUUCAAGGUGAAGACAUCGUCCGAGAGUACCCACAGUGUCACCAUGAACGACACAUCAACUGUUCUCGACCUCAAGACCAAGCUCGCGGGCGAGGACUUUGAGAACAUUCCUGUUGACCGACAACGCCUAAUCUACUCUGGCCGAGUCAUGAAGAACGAUGAUGCUCUAAGCACCUACAAGAUUAAGCACAAUAACACAAUCCACAUGGUCAAGAGCGCUGCCAGCAAUCAACAGCCCAACCAGACUCCCGCCGCCAGCACCUCCAGAUCGACACCCGCCCCCGCCAACAUGGCUUCUGGCACAGCGAACCAACCGUUCGCUGGAUUGACUGGUGCGAGAUACGCUGGAUUUGGAAACGGUCUUCCUGGACCUGAUAUGUUCGGUCCUGACGGUGGCAUGGGCGCACCUAUGGACGAGGCACGCAUGCAGCGACUCAUGGCCGAUCCCAAUGUCCAACAAUCCAUGAACGAGGCUCUCAACAACCCCGAUUUCAUCAACAUGCUUAUCGAUUCGAACCCUAUGCUCAGAAACAUGCCCAAUGCUCGGGAGAUAAUCACUUCCCCCUUCAUGAGACAGAUGAUGAGCAACCCCGAGAUGAUGAGUCAGGCUAUGCGAGUGCAGCGCCAGAUGCAAGGCGGAGAAUCUGGUGGAUUUCCCGCUCCUGGAGCCACUGACACCACGCCUCAGGGAGCAGCGAGUGGAGGUAAUGCACAAGGCAGUGAUGGACAGCCCCAACAAGGCCUGCAAAGCCCUUUCAUGAACCCUUUUCUGUCAAGCCUGUUGGGAGGUCAACAGGGUAGAGGAGCACCGCCUGACUUUUCACAAAUAAUGCAGCAGCUCCAGGGCCUCGGCUCAUUGCAGAAUGCGGGUGCGACUGGCCAGACAGGAUCAGGAACCACACCUAGCCAAGGUGCUAUGGGUGGCUCUGGCGGUGCGCAAGCUUCUGGAACAACGCCCAGCGAAGGCGGUGCCCAGCAGAGUUCGACUAGUCCGCCUCCCGCGAACCCCUUCGCGGCACUCUUUCCUACUCCUGGAUCCGCGCAGCCCAACAACCCCUUUGGCAUGAACCCUGAGAUGAUGCAGCAGAUGAUGCAGAUGCUUGGCGGUGGAGGACUGGGUGGUGCAGCUCCAGCUGCGGCCCCUGCCGACAACCGACCCCCCGAAGAGCGAUAUGCUGAGCAAUUGCGCCAGUUGAAUGAUAUGGGGUUCUUCGACUUUGACCGAAACGUUGCGGCACUGAGACGAAGCGGCGGGAGCGUUCAGGGUGCCAUCGAGCACCUGCUUAGCGGUUAA